AUGGUGACAAACUUUGAGGUACCGUUCUACGCGCCCAUUUCAUGUUCUGAUCGCAGCACUAAAAUAUGCCAGCUUGAGAAUGGUCUCAUGGCUCUGCUGAUAUCAGGUCCUACUGACACUUUGGCUUCAUGUAGUCUAACCGUGGCUACGGGGUCGCACAACGACCCGCCGGAAAUUCCUGGGUUAGCACAUUUGUGUGAACAUGUCCUGGUAGCUUCGGGCUCCAAAAAAUAUCCUAAUGGUAACCAUUAUCAUGAGUUGAUCGCCCACAAUGGAGGUUCCCAUAAUGCUUACACAACUGGCGAAAAUACCACUUUUUAUUUUGAGCUACCAGCGAUCAAUGAUCGCGAUGAGUUGAUUUUCGAAAAGGCUCUUGACGCUUUUGCAUCAUCGUUCAACAGCCCGAUCUUCACAGAUGCGGUCAUAAAUCGAGAAAUAUAUGCUAUCGAAAGUGAACAUAAUGUGAAUAAGGCUUCUAUUAACAAAGAAAUGUAUCAUGCAAUCCGCCUUUUAGCCAAUACAAAGCAUCCUUUCAGCAGAUUUUGCACCGGAAACUUCGAAACACUCACAAGUGCGCCACUACUGCACCGGAAACCGGUGAAAAACUCGCUGGCCACGUUAUUUAAAACGUCCUAUCGGCCUUCGAAUAUGACCAUAUGCAUCAGAAGUUCUCACUCUUUGAAUGCACUUACCAAACUGUUGAUAACAUACUUUGGGAGCGACGGAGUGGGAGGGGAACCAGUAGUUUCACAAUUACGGCCUAAUUUGCGAACUGUUUCGUCUUCCAGAUCUAGGAUCUCUCAAAGUAAAUCACCAUUGUCCAGCUCUAAGAUUGCCAAAAAGGAAUGGGCUCCAAAGUACGGAGACUUGAAUAUUUUCACCUCCGAUACAAACGUUAUUGUUAUAAACUCUACGAGAUCGCCAAUUAUUAGGCUUGUUUUCCCUGUGUGUCACAAAUCAACCAGACUUUCAACGGCAGCUGUGAUGCACUUGAGCCGCGCUUGGUGCGAUAUUUUUGGCGAGGAAAGUGUAGGAUCUUUUGCACACCGUCUUAGACUUCAAGAUUUCAUCACGUCGGCUACCUCAUCACUGUCUGAGUUCGCUACCGAUGAGGAUGGUCUUACACUUGAGUUGGGACUCACACAGCUGGGCUGGAAAAGUAUUCCAACAGUUCUGGAGAUUCUAUUCGAGGAGUACAUUCCUCAAUUUAUUCAUGACCGAACAGAAAGUCUUGCAAAGUAUCUCAGUGACCUCAAUGCCAUCGACCUUUUAAAGUUUUUAUACCAAGGUACAGAAGUAUCUCCCAUGGAACUUUGUGCUGAAUAUAGCACUAGAAUGCUUCUAGAUAUGGAGGCUCUUAAGCCAGAGUGCCUACUCAAAGGUUCGCCAAUUCUCGAUUGCAACAGGGUAGGGUCACCUAUAGAGGAGUUUGCGGGAUCUACUGAAAGCAAAACCUGGUGGACUGGGCAAGCUAUCAUGUUCCAAAAUUUUAUCAGUGACUUCGUGAAUCGCCAAAAUGUGCGACUAGUGAUGCUGGGGGACUAUUCAAGCUCGACUUUCGUCAAGUCGAUCUAUUCAUUAACUCAAACUGAUGUCUACUUUGAGUUUGAUUAUUUUAAGACCUCAAUCGACAUGUUUGAGAUUCCCAGUCAUGGCGAACCUCUUCCGGGCUAUUUUUAUGAUGCUCCCCGAUAUGGUGCUUUUCUACCCUCUGCAGGAAAGAGUUUGAAUUUGAUAAAAAAAGCUCUUGCGGCGUCAUCUACUCGUGCCCAGGAAGCUUCUUUAUCGCUUGUGGCCGGAAGAGACCUAAUUCAAAGUGCUCCACGUUUAGUGAAGAAGAGCUUGACCUGUGAAAUGUGGGUGAAGGAGGAGGAACUUGAUUUAUCGUUUAGAUCCAAGACGAUGGUAAGUUUCGAGAUUAUCAGCAAAGAAAUUGGAGGGUCUCCUUCCAACACGAUGCAUCUUGAGGUUCUGGGUCAGCUGAUGGCAGCAUCUCUUUCCGCCGAGCUCUAUCCUGCCGAAAAAAUAGGGUAUACAUACGAGGUGUUCGCUUCAAACAAAGGCGAUGUGCGACUAGGAUUUACUGUUACAGGGUUUCCUGAGGGCGUCUUCACAUUAAUAACACUGAUAAUUCGUCGGCUUGCAGACCUUGCAAAAGUGGAAGAGCGCAUAACGCAACCUGCGUUUCGCAAGGCGAGGGUCGCAGUCCGGACGCAAUAUGAGGAUGCUAUCUCUGAAAACUGCGCUGCUCUAGCCACGCUAGGACUGCUCAUAAUGUUAGAGGAGUGUAUGUGGUCGGUAGAAGACCGUGUUGAAGCGCUCGAGGAAAUAGACAUUGUUUCUUUCCGUACCUUUUGCAACGAGUUUUUGUCGAAAUCGAUCUACUUGAAUUUAUUCAUCCAGGGCGAUCUUGUCUCCGCCGACUCAAUUUACGACUUUUUGGAAUCUGAGCUAAAAAGAAACCCUCCGACUGAAACUGGGAGCUUUGUUAAGGAGCCUGUGGCGCGACCGCUCAUCCCCGGAACUAACUAUUAUAUCAAACACCGAGGCUCGUCAGAAGAUCCGAACAAUAGCAUCGUAUAUUUCAUUCAGACCGGAGACCGUGAAGACAUACGUAUUUCCACUCUCACAAGUCUCACAGAGUACAUUUUUUCCGUUACUUUAGUACCAGACAUGCGCAUCAAGAAACAAAUUGGAUAUGCCAUCUUUGGAGGGCUCAGACUUCUAUCUACGACUGUUGGCAUCCAUAUUACCUGUAUGUCGGUUUCUCCUUCACAAUACUUGGAGGCCCAAAUUGACGAGUACCUUUCUUACAUGGAGCUUCAGUUGCUUGAGACAAUGACAGAGGAAGAUUUUCGAAAAGUGUACGUGGACAAAUUUGAGAUGAUGUGUAAACGGAACACGGUCAAUAAAUUACAGAGUACGGCUGGGCCGGCUGACGUCAUGGGUCAAAUCGAGGCUAAUGUGCGGAGUGGAAAUGUUUCAGAACAGGGUUCCUCAAUGCGAAUGCACAAACGCAUCAGACAACAAAUCUCUACUCGCAGGUACAAUUUUGACAUGGAUUCCGAGCCCAUCGAUGCAACUAUGCUGAGAACGCUUACUUUAAAGCAAUACACAAGCUUCUUCCGUGAGAAGAUAUCGAUAUAUUCAAGCACAAGAAGCAAACUCUCGAUCAUGGUUGAGAGCCCAAUGUGUGCACAACAGAUUUCGCAAAAACGGCUGUAUCUGCAGGUCGAGGGCUACUUAAAGGUCAAGGGACUACGUAUUCCAAAAUCGGAGCUAGAGAGAAUCGUCGAAGCGUCGCAGGGCAAUCAGCAGCGGUUGCUUAAAGACCUUCUGAAGCACUUCAUAUCCAACGGUGAGACGUUGAAAGUCUGUAACCUUGCGCUGAAAGAAGUAUUCAAGACAUUGGUGUCCUCCAUGAGAUCCAAGAGCAGUGUUGGUGAACUAAACUCACUGAAUGGAAUGAAUGGAAAGGUUAUCGCUGCUGUCCCACUGGUACAGAUCACUGAUUUUAACGAAUUUCGUAGAUCGCUCUUGACCGACACCAAGUAA